GAGUAGGAGGGUUUGCACCUACUGGUCUGACGUCUCAAGAUAAACCUCAGUGCGACAGACAAGUCAUUUUGUCUGGUGAACCUCAGCAGUGAAGACGAGGGCGACAGCGAGCGUCUGCUCGGUUUGGCAACGAUGUCACCAUGGCAACCGACGUCACCACUUUCACUUUCUCAAUGACUCAGUCACGGGACGUUAAAAACAAAUUUCACCAAGGGGAUUCAAAGGCUUAAAAAAUCCAACAGAAGCAUCCAAACGAUCUAAAGAAACUAAAGACUAGUGCAUGCAGUAUCUGCCUCCCAUCCAAAGGUGGCAGUAAUGAUCGAGGAGCUGCGUUAUUCGCAGAUACUAAGGUAGUAGAGGAAGACUCGGCUCGCUGUCUCCGGUGUUCCGCAUGGUCCAAAAACAGUUGUAGUGCAUUUGGAUUAGCUGUUUUUUUAACUACACAAGCCCAACUGAGAGGUGUGUUGAUAUUAAGGUAGCGUACUUUGGCCCCCUUUAAGAUACCAUUAGCGUAGGUUACGUGUUUGUGUUUCAUCAAUGACCUUGUCAUCGUCACUUAAAACAGUUACCGAUGCAGUUUACUUGACGACUUCACGUCGGAUCGGACGAUGUCAGUCUGGCUUUCACCACAGGGGAUUCUGAAGAGGUGUCUGCUGCUCUGCAGGCGCAGGUUUUCGUGGAAUUUAUCAGCAAGGAGAGACUUUUCCCUCCAUUAUGAGUUAUUUAGUGAUCAAGACACAAGGCGUGUGGCGUUUUUAAAGCCCAUUUCUGUAAGGUUCUACUCGGAAGUACUUGAGGAACCAGGGGAACAUGCGGCAUCAAACCCAGGAAGACCAACUAAGCGCAGGUCGCUUUACAUGGACCUCCUGCUCCGCUGCAGCUCCCCGUCAGAUGUGCUGGACCUCACCUGUCAAUAUGCACCCACGGCUGACCAGGUGGGGAAGAGCCUGUCCCAGAUGUGGACCCUCACCAAAGCCAUGUCAGAGGAGCAACGGCGCCUCGAACUGCGCUUGAUGUUCGACCACCCCGCGUUUGAAAAGCUUUUACAGGUGGCCAUCAAGAGCUUGAAGAACAUGAGAGAUGACGGUGUGGUUUACAGUCUGCUUGCCUUGGUGAAACUGGGUGUCCCGCAGCAGAGCCGCGUCGUGCAGAUCUUCCUCCUCGCCUGCCAGGAGAAGCUGAACAGCUUCGAUGGGAAAUGUCUGACCAUCUUAGCCACCACUUUGGAGCACAUGCAGAGGAGCGAGAAUGUUGAUGCCCUCAAAUCUGGAAUGAGGCUGAUCGUCGAGACUCGCUUCCCUCAGAUGCGAAAUGUGUCCGGGCUCCAAACAUUGAUGCGUGUCAUGGGGAAAGAUGCACCUAAAGCUCUGAAAUGGAAAAUGGAGAAAAAAGCCUUGUCAAUGUCAGAUGAGUUCAGUCUGCCAAACACCCAGUACAUGCUCAUCACCAUGGCAGCCAUUGGCUUGCAGUCCAAGCCCCUGAUGGAUGUUUGCAGUAAGAAAAUCCUUGAGGAGCUGUAUGGAAUCCCCUAUAACCGACUAUUGGCAGUGCUGCAUGCCUACAAAGACCUUCGCUAUAAAGACUCCACUUUCCUCAUGGGUGUUUCGGACCAUCUUGCCUCCACUUUGGACAUCUGGACCGUCAAGCAGGUCAUCUUGCUUCUGUCUUUGUUUGAAGAAAUGGACUUCUAUCCUCCAGCUUUAAUGGAGGCGUUUGCUGAGAAAGUAAUGGAGAACCCAAAAGCUUUGGCACUGAGGGACAUCCUUUGUGUCAUCAAGGUGUACUCUUCCUUGAACGUUGAUCUGGCAGAAAAUAGACAGCAGUUCCUUGAAAGCCUCGAUGAAGCUCUGGAGGAUUACCUCCCCAAAAUGUCUGCUUUUGAGCUGUUGAAGACUGUUUACUGCUUUUGCCUUUUGGGUCACUUUCCUCAUGGACCCCUGGAGAAGCUCCUCCAAGACAGCACACUGGAGAUGCUUGAGAGCUCAGAUCCCAAGUUCCUAAUGUGGCAUCAGAAAAUGAUGCAAACUAUCUCCUCGUGCCUCACUCUGGACCACCCUGUUCUCCCUGAGCUGUCGAGUAUUCCACCGUCUCUACUGGGGGAGCCACACGUCGCGAGUAAGCCGGGCCAUCCAACGCUGCUGCAAGCGCUACUCAGCGUGACCGCAAGCCAGGAGGAUGUGACACUAGAGGAAUCGGUACUGGUGGAAAACGUUUACCUCCUUGAUUGUGUUGUUACAUUGGGCCAAUCUCGUGUAGCGGAUUCCAGCUGUUCAACAGAGCCACCACCAGUAGAUGGCGACAAAAGGAGAAUUGCAGUUUUGUGUCCUCCUCAAAGGCAUUUUUGCCUGGGGACAUCUCAUCCUCGUGGACCUCUGGCGGUGAAGAUCCGCCAUCUGAAGAUCCUGGGAUAUGACACAAUACUGGUAUCAGAGCGGCAGCUACAGUCUGAGGAGACGUUGACAGACUUUCUGAGGCAACACAUCUUUCCCAAACAUCACAUUGAUUCCAAUGAAAUCUAAGGUUAUAGAUGGAAAUUACACAACUCUCUGUGUAAUUUCCAUCUAUGUGUAUUAAAUUGAUUCUUAAUUAAUUAUGUGUAUUAAAUGUUCACUGCUAUCUUAAA